ACCAAAAAUGAGCUCCAGAAUGAUGACAUCUGAGGAGGCUUUAUCACUGAUUUUUAACUGGGAUAGUGAUGUCGAGGAAGAGAUUUCAGAAACAGAGGAUUUUUCAGAGACCGAGGACAAUGUUAUGAUUGUCAAUUUUCCUACGAUGAGGAGGAUUCAGAGGACAAGUCUGCCGUUGUUCCUCCAACAGAUGAAAACCAAGGAAUGCAGCAAUCAUCAUCCACAGAGGGGACAUGGGCAUCUAAGGACGGUGAUAUAAAAUGGUCAACAUCACCACACCCAAGCCGAGGCAGACUAUCAUCUUCCAAUGUGAUCAAAAUGACUCCCGGUCCUACAAGAUUUGCUGUCACACGAGUUGAUGAGAUUCAAUCAGCAUUUCAGCACUUCAUAUCCCCACCAAUAGAGAGGAUUAUACUGGAAAUGACCAACUUGAAGGGGAGACGUGUGUUUCAAGAGAAAUGGAAGCCACUGGAUCAGACUGGCUUGCAUGCUUACAUUGGAGUUCUGUUAUUACUGGAGUGUACAGGUCAAAGGGAGAAGCCACUGCAAGUCUAUGGAAUGAAGAGAAUGGAAGGCCAAUCUUUCGUGCAACAAUGUCUCUGGAGACAUUCCAAAUGAUAUCUCGUGUGAUCAGCUAUGACAACAGCGACACCAGAGCUGGUCGACUUGAAAGAGACAAACUAGCUGCGAUCAGAGAUGUGUGGGAUAAAUGGGUUGAAAAUGUACCUUUGUUGUACAAUCCUGGUCCCCAUGUUACUGUAGAUGAGCGCCUUGUUCCAUUCAGGGGGCGCUGUCCUUUCCGACAGUACAUGCCCAACAAGCCCGCCAAGUAUGGCAUCAAAAUAUAGGCAGACUGUGAUGCAAAAUCCAGCUAUGCAUGGAAUAUGCAAGUAUACACUGGAAAGCUACCUGGAGGAACAUCUGAGAAGAACCAGGGGAUACGUGUGGUGCUGGAAAUGAGUGAAGGGCUGCAAGGUCAUAACAUCACAUGUGACAAUUUCUUUACAUCCUACCGCCUUGGAGAUGAACUUCAGAAGAGAAAGCUGACCAUGUUGGGAACAGUCAGAAGAAAUAAACCAGAACUUCCCACCGAAAUUCUGAAGAUGCAGGUCAGACCUCUGCAUUCCUCAAUGUUUGCUUUCACUAAGAAAGCAACAGUUGUUUCAUACUGCCCAAAGAGAAACAAGAAUGUUCUUGUAAUGAGUACAAUGCACACAGAUGCAUCUCUGAGCACAAGAGAAGACAUGAAGCCACAAAUGAUCCUGGAUUAUAACUCCACCAAAGGAAGAGUUGACAAUCUGGACAAAAUCACAGCAACAUACAGCUGCCAGCGCAAGACAGCCCGUUGGCCUUUGGUGAUUUUCUACAACAUUGUGGACGUGUCUGCUUACAAUGCCUAUGUCCUGUGGACUGCAAUCGACCAGAAAUGGAAUGCCGGCAAAUUGUACAGACGUUGGCUUUUCCUGGAAGAACUUGGCAAAGAACUUGUCACUCCCAAGAUCCAGACGCGAGCCAGGCCAGCUCGAUCCCCAACCAACAUCCAGUGGACCCAAGUGGAAAGAAAAGGAAAAGAUGCCAGGUAUGUCCCUCCCGACAGGACAGUAAAACAAGUACCUCUUGUGUGAAAUGCAAGAAUUACCGUAUUUUCCGCACCAUUAG